GUUUUCUGAAAGCCUUUUGGUUUUAGCCUCACACACACAUGAGGAAAACAAAUAGGAAUUCUUCCUGGACGAAGUAUCUGAUAAUACUAUCGUUGUUUUAUAGUUACACAUUUAUCAUUGUUUCACAGUCAUCCUGCUGUGUAAUCUCCAUCCCGGAAAUCUGGGCCAACACCCUUCUGUGUUGGCAAAGCUGUGUGGGAGGAUAGCGUUUAACAUUUACAGUUCUUAACCGUUUACAAAUGUUAUGCUGUAGUGUAAUUGUGACAUAUGUUUGUUUUAUAUUUACAGCUUAGAUUCAUUUUAAUAGGGAAGAAAGACACAUGUUUGGCAAAGUUUUACUUUCUCUAGUGGGGCAAUACACGUGUCGAGGUGGUGGAAGUCAUAGUACGUAGAAUGUGACAGUAGGCCUGCGUAUCAAACGCGCCCGACCUGUCGCUGAUUCUCUCGCACGUCAGUGACGUUUGUUUACGUAUGAUAUCAUCUGGGAUGGGCGAGACUUAGAAAUAUGCGAAUUACUGUGAGUGGAGUAUGGAAUUUUUAUAUUUUUUAGUGUAAUCACGAAGGAAAACUUCGUCAAAAAUGGUGGAAACAAACCGACUUGAAGCAAUGGUUGAGUUUGAAUACAUUGCUCAAGAGCAAGACGAACUCACAAUUCAUAAAGGAGACAUCAUAAAAGACAUCAAAACUCAACCCGGAGGUUGGUGGGAAGGCACUUUAGGAGAUAAAAGAGGAAUGUUUCCUGACAAUUUUGUGAGGGUACUGGCCGAUUCAACAAAACAUAAUGCUUCACCUCCAGUCACAUUAAGAACAGUAAGUGGUCGAAGAUGCAAAGUUUUAUUCAGUUACCAACCUGUGAACGAAGAUGAGUUGCAGUUAGAAGUGAAUGAUGUAAUAGAUAUAAUUGGUGAAGUUGAAGAAGGUUGGUGGAAGGGUAAAUUAAGAGAUGCUGUGGGUGUUUUUCCUUCUAACUUUGUUACUGAAAUCGGCGAUUGUCCAGCAGACAGCAGUUCGCAAGCAUCUGGUUCCAGUCACAAAAGAAAUUCCAGAGUCCUGUGUGACAGUGAUAAUCGUCCUUCAUUAAGCUCUGAUUCGUCACAGGCUGAGGCAGGGAAAACAGGUGAAGACAAUGAUGCCCCUGUCCUUCCUCCUAAACCAGUGAAGGAAAUGUGCCGUGUGCUGUUUCCUUAUGAAGCUGCAAAUAAAGAUGAGCUCACUUUAAAGGAAGGUGAUAUCAUUAUGAUCCUGUCAAAAGAGGUAGCUGAUAAAGGAUGGUGGAAGGGAGAAUUACGAGGACGUGUUGGAGUCUUUCCUGACAAUUUUGUUGAAAUUAUACAGGAAGAGGUAUCCAAAAAACCAGAGAGACCUCCCAGUAAAUCCCAGUUAAGCACAACAAAUCGUAUUAGGGAUACAAUUACAAAACCUUCAGCUCCUAGUACUUGUAAAAGUGAACCUGCAGAUGUAGUAGCAAAUAGGAAAUCCCAAGAUGAGAAACCGCCAUUUCCUCCGGUUCCUGGCAAGAAGCCACAACUCCCUCCACCAAUUAAAAAGCCACAACGAAUUGCAGUGUCACCAGGCAGUGUGCCAGGGGGUGUGAAGCAUCAGGAUCAGGAGCCCUCUCUGUCAGAUCUUGUGGAUGGAAUAGGCAGUAGUAGAAUAGCACAGAGUUCCAAUUAUGGUGUGCCUAAAGGUAAUCGAGAAGAAGUACCUGAAUUUGAUAAUGUUGAGCGAAGUGCAAUGUUAAAUCAUCCAACUGCCAGCAGAGUGAAAGCUCCGCGUAGGAGAUUGCCAACAAAUGUCCACAGUAGAGAAUCUGAAACUCCUGUUGGCCUAAUGAAUGGUAGUGCACUUGGAAGCAGUCAAGAAGAGGAUUUAAUUAUGAAAAAUAAUGGAAUACCAAGUCGACUUUGGGAAAACAAGAGUAAGGCUCCUUGGAUGGAAGAACUGAAAAUGAACCAAGCUAAGAAAUCAGGUCCAUUGAAAAGCCCAUCCAGUAUUAGUAGUAUUCACAGUAGCAGCAUUCCUGAUCAACCUUCAGUACCAGAAACUCUUCCUAUUUCUAGUACUGCUCGUCAUUCCAUCAGUGGUGAAAUAAACAUUCCAGGUGUUUCAGAUAUUACUCUGAAAUCCAGUUUGAGUGGUGGGGGCAAAAUAAAGAAAGACAUUAGUAGUGAUCGUCAGCAGACUCCACAUGUCAAUGAGUCAAGUGGAGCACUUACCAAAUCACAUUCCUUAAGUUCUUCCAUAGUAUUGGGUUCUGAAGAAGUAUCUGAUAUGAAUCAAGCUCAUCAGAACUUGAAAAGUUCUAUGAAAUCAGUUAUACAUCCACCUGUUAUGUCAUCCUCUAACAUUACUUCAAAAGUGGAAGGUGCUGUUGGAGAUAGUAGUGCGUCUCCAGCAUUGAGUCAUAGUCAAGGAACCACCAUACCAAGUAUUCAGUAUUUAGAGUUAAUGGAUAAGAUUGUGAAAUUAGAAAAGAGCUUAGAGCAGCAACGAGCAACUUUUACCCAAGCAAUUAAAGAAGUUACUGAAAAAUUGAAUGAAGAAAGAAACAGACGGACACACCUCGAACAGGAAUUAGAUAAAUUAACAAACUUGGUGACACAAGUAAUGCCUAUUAGACUUUUUAAACGUGUUGCCUGUAGUAAUGGAAUUUAG